AUGGGUCCUCUCUCAUUUCUGUAAGAAGUCUCUCCCUUCUCUUUUGUCUCUUUUUGUGGAUAGAACUCGUUAUUUAUUUCUGAACUUGAGUUAGUCUUUCAUUAAUUUCUUGGAAUUCAAUGGCCGGAAUUUGUUGUGGAGUUGUCGGUGAGAGUGAACCAGCUGCACCAGUUGAGCCAAGCUCACGAACAUCCAGGCGGAGGAGGUUAGAGCUACAGCCGUUCAAGUUGGUGGCAGACGCUGCUGCACAACUUCCAAAGCCGUUAGAAAAUGGGCGGAAACGGCAAAGGCUUGAACUUUUUACUGCGUUAUCAACUCGAGAGAAUUCUGAAGCAAACGAACUUGAGCGAAGCCGUUCUGAUAAUAAUGAACAAGUUCAUAAAAAUGAAGCCUUAAAUGUAAGCUCUCAUGUUAACCUUGAAGAUAACGCGGAAAAUGAGAGUCCUAAAUAUGGGAUGACGUCAGUUUGUGGCAGAAGACGAGACAUGGAAGACGCAGUCUCGAUCCAUACGUCGUUUUACCAGCAAAAAAGCAGCGUUUCAGCUAAAACGCACUUCUUCGGGGUGUUUGACGGCCAUGGCUGCUCACAUGUGGCGUUGAAGUGUAAAGAUCGGUUACAUGAGAUUGUUAAAGAAGAACUUGAAGCCUAUAAAGAAGAAGAAACUGUGGAGUGGAAGAAGACGAUGGAGCGAAGCUACGAGAGAAUGGAUCAAGAAGUACAAAUGUUAACCGAGAAGUCAAAGACCUCAAGCUGUAGAUGUGAGCUCCAAACUCCUCAAUGCGAAGCUGUUGGAUCCACGGCUGUCGUUGCCAUCGUCACUCCGAAUAAGAUUAUUGUCUCUAACUGUGGCGAUUCUCGUGCUGUCCUUUGUCGAAACGGCGUCGCACUCCCUCUCUCAUCGGAUCAUAAACCGGAUCGACCAGACGAGUUGCUCCGAAUCCAAGAGGCGGGUGGCCGGGUCAUUUAUUGGGAGGGAUCACGUGUCCUUGGAGUGCUGGCGAUGUCAAGAGCAAUCGGUGACAACUAUUUGAAGCCGUACGUGAUUCCGGAACCGGAGGUGACGGUGACGGAGUGUACAGCUGAGGACGAGUGUUUGAUUUUGGCCAGUGACGGGUUAUGGGAUGCGGUAUCAAACGACACAGCCGUCAAAGUUGUGCGCACAUGCUUCCGUGCUCACAGAACGUCUUCACCGGGAAGUGAAGCGGCGGGUGGACAGAGUUUCGAUAAAGCUUGCUCCGAUGCGUCAGUUCUGUUGACCAAAUUGGCCCUGGCUAGACACAGCAUGGAUAACGUGAGCGUUGUUGUAGUUGAUUUGAGAAACAAUUCACAGCAAGAGACCAGAAGCCAUUCUCUACAGAAACUCAAUUAUUAAUUUUCCGACUUUAAAUGGAAAAUUGAAAUUUUCGUUCUCCA